AUGGCCGAAAGACCGACCCAGAUACUGCCGGUGCGCCGGUUGAACGCAGCACCCGAUCACACGUCGAUUGCAGAAUGGUGGGCAACCGAGAAGAGCAAGGGUACAGCUGAAGCCACGGCAGUCUCACAAGCCGCGGAAGUUUUACGGUCGGGUGAGAUACCUGUUGGAUUUCCCACGGAGACGGUAUACGGGCUCGGUGCGGAUGCUACGCGGAGUGCUGCAGUGCAGGGAAUAUACAAGGCAAAGAAAAGACCGUCGGAUAAUCCGCUGAUUAUUCAUGUCGACUCGCUGGAUAUGCUCAAUCGAGUACUGAACCCAACCCAGACGAACGAACUCGCUGGUCACGCGACAACAAACAGCAACAGCAAAAACAAGAUCCCGGCCAUCUACGAGCCCCUCAUUUCGAGGUUUUGGCCUGGUCCUCUCACCAUCCUCCUUCCAAACCCCGCGGGGUCGCCCCUGGCAAAGGAAGUCACUGCUGGUUUGACAACAUUUGGCGUGCGCAUGCCUUCGUCUGCGUUUGCUCGUCUCCUCAUUCACGUUGCCGAUAGACCGCUUGCCGCUCCCUCCGCGAAUGCCUCCACAAAACCGUCACCAACGACCGCUCAACAUGUUUAUGAAGAUCUCAAAGGUCGAAUCGACCUUAUUCUAGAUGGAGGAUCCUGUGGAGUUGGGGUCGAAAGCACAGUUGUUGACGGCCUGUCCGACCCGCCGGCCAUUCUUCGACCCGGUGGAAUAGGUAUUGAAGAGAUCAAGAGCUGCCCGGGCUGGGAGAAGGUCAAAAUAGGGUAUCACGAUAGCGCACUGAAGAGCAAAGACGCCCCACGAGCACCGGGCAUGAAAUAUAGACACUACUCUCCCAAAGCGCAGGUGGUUCUUUUCGAAGCCGGUUCGGAUAUCUCCUCAGCCACACUUCGGGUGAAAGCAGAUCUACAAGCCGCAAAUUCUACCGACGGCGCGCAUAAAACCGGCAUUGUACGAACGCGGACGUGGCCUGUAGCCCUUGGAAUCACCUCAGACAACCAGUCAACAGUUAGUAUUCGCGAGAUUUCCAUGACACCGGACGGGGAUAUUACGGGUAUCAGCAACGGAGCCGACUCCCUGGCAGCGUCGAUAUUAGACUUGAAUUUGGGUUCGAGUGCAGAUGCUAUUGCUCGAGGAUUAUUCUCUGCUUUGCGCGCGUUGGAUGGACUUAAUGUAGAUGUAAUUUAUGUCGAGGGUAUCCACGAUGAGGAGGGCGAUCUCGCUGCGGCCAUUAUGAAUAGACUUAGAAAGGCUUCCGAGGUGGCUAUUAUAGUAUAG